GGGCGAUCGCGAGCGGGGAGCCCUGGGAAUUAAAAGUGACUUUCUUUGAAAAAAAAAAAAAAAGCUCAGCCGAGGGAGAGAGUGUGCUGCAAGCCAAGCGCAGGCUUCUCGGGUUUCACACGCAUUUUCUUUCUUCCUUUCCACCCCCCCUCCUCCUUUGCGCGUGUGAUUUCUUUCUUUCUUUUCUGUUCCCCUUAACCUCCCCCCACCCCCCAAUUCCUCUGCUCCCUUUGCUGGGUCUAAGGCAUCUGAGCCUUGGAAACCAGAGAGACUUCAAACUGCAGUAGCCCCCAGAGUCAGGAGGGUCAAGUUCAGCCGCCGGGGAGGAGGAAAAACAAAUCCCGAUUUGCCAAAAAAAGAAGUUUCAGGCCGGUGCCCCCUCCCCCCCUCCCAGCCCCACUCCCCCUCGCUGUCUCUUGCUGGCUGAUUUUAAUUCUCUCCUACCGGGAGCAGCAGAGGGAUCUGGAGGUGGCUGGACCCGAGGGGCCGCCGCCGCCGCUGCUGCAAGUUUUCUGGGGGCUCCUGACAAACGGGGAGCAGACUAGGCACCGGCAUGCAGAGUAGCCUCAGAUUUGAUCCUUUGAAAGUUUUUGAGUAAGAGCCAUGGAUUUAAUGAUGAAUCCUAAUUAAGAUAGAAUAUCCAUCCUUAUCCGGUUUUGGGAAAUCACCGCUAGCGUUUUAAGCAAGAUAUGGUCCGGAAAAAGAACCCCCCUCUGAGAAACAUUGCUAGUGAAGGCGAGGGUCAGACCCUGGAGCCAAGAGCUACAGAGAGCAAGGUGUCUACAAAGGACAAAGAGUUUUCUGCAGAUCAAAUGUCAGAAAAUACAGAUCACAGCGAUGCUGCAGAACUGAACACGAAAGAGGAACACAGCGUGCAUGGCCAAGAUCCAUCUUCUAGCAGUAAGAAGGACUUGCAAAUCUCAGGCCUGAGUGAGAAGGCCGGCUUCAAUUAUGAAAGCCCGAGUAAGGGAGGAAACCUUGCCUCCUUCCCGCAUGAUGAGGUAACAGACAGAAAUAUGUUGGCUUUCUCAUCUCCAGCUGCCGGGGGAGUCUGCGAGCCCUUGAAGUCUCCUCAAAGAGCAGAGGCAGAUGACCCUCAAGAUAUGGCCUGCACCCCAUCAGGGGAUUCAUUGGAGACAAAGGAAGAACAUAAAAUGUCACCAAAGGCUACUGAGGAAACAGGGCCAGUGCAGAGUGGUCAAGCCAAUUGUCAAGGUUUGAGCCCGGUUUCCGUGGCCUCAAAAAACCCACAAGUGCCUUCAGAUGGGGGUGUAAGACUGAGUAAACCCAAAACUGACUUACUGGUGAAUGACAACCCAGACCCGGCACCUCUGUCUCCAGAGCUUCAGGACUUUAAAUGCAAUAUCUGUGGAUACGGUUACUAUGGCAAUGACCCCACAGAUCUGAUUAAGCACUUCCGAAAGUAUCACUUAGGACUGCAUAAUCGCACCAGGCAGGAUGCUGAGCUGGACAGCAAAAUCCUGGCCCUUCAUAACAUGGUGCAGUUCAGCCAUUCCAAAGACUUCCAGAAGGUCAACCGAUCUGUGCUUUCUGGUGUGUUGCAGGACAUCAACCCUUCACGGCCUGCUUUACUAAAUGGGACCUAUGAUGUACAGGUCACUUCAGGUGGAACAUUCAUUGGCAUUGGACGGAAAACUCCCGAUUGCCAAGGCAACACCAAGUAUUUCCGCUGCAAAUUCUGCAAUUUCACUUAUAUGGGCAACUCAUCAACUGAACUAGAACAACAUUUUCUUCAGACUCACCCGAAUAAAAUAAAAGUUUCUCUCCCAUCCUCCGAGGGUGCAAAACCUUCGGAGAAAAACUCCAACAAAUCCAUCCCUGCGCUUCGAGCCGGUGACUCUGGAGAUUUAGGAAAGUGGCAGGACAAGAUAACAGUCAAGGCUGGAGAUGACACCCCUGUCGGCUACUCAGUGCCCAUCAAGCCCCUCGAUUCCUCGAGACAAAACGGUACAGAGGCCACCAGUUAUUACUGGUGUAAAUUUUGUAGUUUCAGCUGCGAGUCAUCCAGCUCACUCAAGCUGCUAGAACAUUAUGGCAAGCAGCACGGAGCAGUGCAGUCAGGCGGCCUUAAUCCAGAGUUGAAUGACAAGCUCCCCAGGGCCUCUGUUAUUAAUCAGAAUGAUCUAGCCAAAAGCGUAGAAGGAGAGCCAUUGACCAAGCCAGAAAAGGGCUUGAGUGGGGCUAAAAAGAAGGACUUCUCCAGCAAGGGGGCAGAGGAUAAUGUGGUAACGAGCUAUAACUGUCAGUUCUGUGACUUUAGAUAUUCCAAAAGCCAUGGCCCUGAUGUGAUUGUAGUGGGUCCACUUCUCCGUCAUUACCAACAGCUCCAUAACAUCCAUAAGUGUACCAUUAAGCACUGUCCGUUCUGCCCCCGAGGCCUCUGCAGCCCAGAAAAGCACCUUGGAGAGAUUACUUAUCCGUUUGCUUGUAGAAAGAGUAAUUGUUCCCACUGUGCGCUCUUGCUGCUGCACUUGUCUCCUGGGGUGGCCGGAAGUUCCCGAGUCAAACACCAGUGCCACCAGUGUUCCUUCUCUACCCCCGAUGUAGACGUGCUCCUCUUUCACUAUGAGACCGUGCACGAGCCCCAGGCGUCGGAGGUGAAACAAGAAGCAAACCAUCUGCUAGGAUCUGAUGGGCCGCUGGCUGUCAAGGAAAGCAAAGAACACUCAUGCACCAAAUGCGAUUUUAUGACCCAGGUGGAAGAAGAGAUCUCUAGACACUACAGGAGAGCACACAGCUGCUACAAAUGUCGCCAGUGCAGUUUCACAGCUGCUGACACUCAGUCACUAUUGGAGCACUUCAACACGGUUCACUGCCAGGAACAGGAAAUCACUACUGCUAAUGGCGAAGAGGAUGGCCAUGCCAUACCCACCAUCAAAGAAGAGCCCAAAAUUGACCUCAAGGUCUACAGUCUGCUAAACCCAGACUCUAAAAUGGGAGAGACAGUUCCCGAGAGCAUAGUCAAGAGGGAGAAACUUGAUGACAAGGAAGGGCUGAAAGAUAAAGUCUGGACUGAGAGUUCCACUGAUGAUCUUCGUGGAGUGACUUGGAGAGGGGCUGACAUCCUACGGGGCAGUCCAUCCUACACUCAAGCAAGCCUAGGGCUCUUGACGCCCGUGUCCAGCUCCCAAGAACAGACAAAGACUCUGAGGGACAGCCCCAAUGUUGAAGCUGCCCACCUGGCCCGACCUAUGUAUGGCUUGGCUGUCGAUACCAAGGGCUUCCUGCAAGGGGCGUCUGCUGGUGGCGAGAAGUCUGCAUCCCUGACCCAGCAGUAUCCUGCUUCUGGAGAGAGCAAGACCAAGGACGAAUCCCAGUCACUGUUACGGGCUGUGACAAUCUCCGGAACACCAAACAGGAGGAGGCGAAGAGGCUCUGGUGUUUUUUGUGCCAAUUGCCUGACCACAAAAACCUCUCUUUGGCGAAAGAAUGCAAAUGGCGGAUAUGUAUGCAAUGCAUGUGGUCUCUACCAGAAACUUCACUCGACUCCCAGGCCUCUAAACAUCAUUAAACAAAACAACGGUGAGCAGAUAAUUAGGAGACGAACGAGAAAGCGCCUUAACCCAGAGGCACUUCAGGCUGAGCAGCUCAGCAAGCAGCAGAGGGGAAGUGGAGAGGAACAGGUCAACGGAAGCCCCUUAGAGAGGAGGUCCGAAGAUCACUUAAAUGAAAGUCACCAGAGAGAAAUUCCACUUCCAAGCCUAAGUAAAUAUGAAGCCCAGGGUUCAUUGACUAAAAGCCAUCCUGCUCAGCAGCCAGUCCUGGUCAGCCAAACCCUGGAUAUUCACAAAAGGAUGCAGCCUUUGCACAUUCAGAUAAAAAGUCCUCAGGAAAGUACUGGAGAUCCAGGAAAUAGUUCAUCUGUAUCUGAAGGGAAAGGAAGUUCUGAAAGAGGCAGUCCCAUAGAAAAAUACAUGAGACCUGCAAAACACCCCAACUAUUCUCCGCCAGGCAGCCCUAUUGAAAAGUACCAGUACCCACUUUUUGGACUUCCUUUUGUACAUAAUGACUUCCAGAGUGAAGCUGAUUGGCUACGGUUCUGGAGUAAAUAUAAGCUCUCUGUUCCUGGGAAUCCACACUACUUGAGUCACGUGCCUGGCUUACCAAAUCCUUGCCAAAACUAUGUGCCUUAUCCCACCUUCAAUCUGCCUCCUCAUUUUUCAGCUGUUGGAUCAGACAAUGACAUUCCUCUAGAUUUGGCGAUCAAGCAUUCCAGACCUGGGCCAACUGCAAAUGGUGCCUCCAAGGAGAAAACAAAGGCACCAACAAAUGUAAAAAAUGAAGGUCCCUUGAAUGUAGUUAAAACGGAGAAAGUUGACAGAAGCACUCAAGAUGAACUUUCAACAAAAUGUGUGCACUGUGGCAUUGUCUUUCUGGAUGAAGUGAUGUAUGCUUUGCAUAUGAGUUGCCAUGGCGACAGCGGACCUUUCCAGUGCAGCAUAUGCCAGCAUCUUUGCACGGACAAAUAUGACUUCACAACGCAUAUCCAGAGGGGCCUGCAUAGGAACAAUGCACAAAUGGAAAAAAAUGGAAAAUCUAAAGAGUGAAACCUUAGCACUUAGCACAAUUAAAUAGAAAUAGGUUUUCUUGAUGGGAAUUCAAUAGCUUGUAAUGUCUUAUGAAGACCUAUUAAAAAUACUUCAUAGAGCCUGCCUUAUCCAACAUGAAAUUCCCUCUUUAAAAAAAAAAUCUUUCUUUUGAUGAGUAGGUUACCAAGGUUUUAAAAUGAAACAUAUGGUCAGUGAGAAAGAAUGGGAAAUGAUAAACAUGAAUUAAAAAAAAAAAAAGCCUAGUGAGUCAAAAAUGUCUUGCCUAAUGUAUACUGGGGAAUCUCCUUAUAAAAGCCUGCCAAAUUAUAGCUGUUUUGUCAGUAAAGAUACAAAUGCUGUCUAGAAUUUGAGUUUACAUGCUGUCAUAUGAAAGCAGUGUUAGGCUGGCUAUUGGCCCCUUCAUUCAAAGGUCUGUAAGAGGUUGCCUAAAUUUAAAGACAUCAUGAAAUCCCAGCCAGAUGAGGAGAAAAUGAAUCUCCAGGGCAAUGGAAAACAACACCCUCUCAAAUUAGUCUCCUCUCAUUGACCAUGUUUCAGAUUUAGACCUCAAAAUGUGAAGUGUGGUUAGGCUUGUUGAGAGAGCAGUAAGGAUCGUGACAGUUGGUGGUACAAGGUUUUUCUGGCCAGCCCUGCCUGUACAUACACAUACACAUCCUCUUUGAUAUUUUUUGUCCUUUAGACGUUCCAGUACUUGGUAGUCAUUUUGUUUGCAGUUUAGACUCAUUCUGUCCAAAUAUAUCCAUUCUUAAAAACAAUGUCCUCAGUGCUUAUGUAGUAAUUUUAUUUUAGCCAAAUAUUUCUUUCUUGUUUAUGAUGAACUGGUUUGGAAUUUUUCAAGCCUCCUGUUGGUCACUAGUCUCACUUGGCACAUUGUAACUAAAGGAAUCCCCCCUCAAUUCAAAGAUUAGAUAAACAUGUCAGGCCAUGGGUUUAAUUUGUUCAGGACACAUGGUAUUUCUCCGCAAGGUAACCUGCUGUAUUUAUUUAUUUUCUUUUGGUUAAAUAUGAUUUCCAAACUUUGUGGUCAGGCAGCAUGCAAGGUUACGUUACCACAGAUUGACAGUUGGUGUAUGUACCAAUCAACCCCUUCAUUAGAUUUAUACAGGUUUAGUUAAGUAGCAUUAAAUAGGAUUCUUAGAAGUAUGUCUUCAUAGUACUUUUAAUACUUAAGGCUUUGUAAAAAGAAAAAAAACAAACUAUCCAUGAAGGGAGAGCUCCUCAGCAUAACUGCUCAGGGAAAUAGGGCUAAAUAAUUGAACAUUAAAUAAUUGGUAUAAGGUGCUGUUAGUCGAGCAUCAAUGCUUGCUACAAGGAUGUAUGUACAAGGACUGACUUUAAUAAUUUGCAUUAUAUUGUCCCAACCAGUAGUUUAUUUUUUGCCACGGAGAUGUAGAAGAUAUUACAAGCUACUGGAUGCACUGUCAGAUUAACUUAUUUCAUUAAAGAAGUUGGGAGAACAAAUAGGAAAAAAAACUUAUUUUUCUAGUAAAUAUUAAUGUAUUACAUUUCAAAUAAUGGUGCCUGACAUAUUGAAUAAUUAUUUUCUACAGUGUACGUAUGCAACAAAGAUAUUCCAUCACGCAUUAGAGUCAGUUCUGGCUCUGCCUAGCUGUUUACAUUUGCAAAUGUAGCAAACAAGGUAAUGAAGCAACUAUUUCUAUUGCAGUAGGUAUCUUUAGUGUGUAUGUGUGUGCGCGUGUGUGUAUGUGUGUGUUCAAGUUGUAAACGGUAACAUGAAACAAAGGAAGUUCUCAAUGUAAUGGUGUGGAAAACCAGAAGGAAAUGAAAAUAUUUUUAUGCCUACUUAGGAUACAAGGGUAGCACUAUUCAUUCCAAGUACUUUUUUUUCCUUAAUUUUAAGCUCUUAACUCCCAUUGUUAUGCUUAAGAUGAUAAACAUAUAUCCUCUUUUUAUUGCUUUGUCUGUGUUUCAGAGGAAACAUUUCAGAAAUUAUUUUGAUAAGUGUUGCUGAAAUCUGCAGCACUGAUGUUUUUAUUGCAUUCUGUAGUCGCAUUUGCACUCCAUUUUUACAUUAAUUCGCAGUGGCUUUGUAUUGUUUUGUUCGUUGGGUUUGGCUUCUUUCUCACAAUGCAGGAGUCUCAUUUUUAGGGUUGGAUGGCAGGUAGAGUUAACCAGUCCGUGACUGUUGUAGUGAAUGAAGUUAAAAAUACUUUUCUGAUGUUGUGUUCUCAUCUUCAUUCUUGCAUUUUUUUUGUUUGUUUUCAUGUUUAAAAAAAAGAAAAAAAGGAAAAAAAAAGAAGAUGGAGAGAAAGAAAAUCAGGACUAAGUCCUCUGCUCUGGUUUCAUUGUUAAAGGACCCUAUUCUGAUCUCACCUGUCUGUGGCAUAGCUCUAAUAUUCACAAGAACUGAAAUAAAGAGGUGGAAUGAGGAGCUUUGACAUUCAAAUGACUUGAUCUAAUUUAUCUUUCUUAGGAAUUUUGGUGGAUGCAUCUCAGACUAUAGUGUCAUAUCUGAGAGGUGACAAAGAUCUAAAAAGGAGAUUUCCCAAGCAACAAUAUUUAAUUUCCUUAGUAAAAGAAUAUUGAAAUGCACUGUACCAAUCCUCAAGGCUCAUUAUAUGUGGACUGCCCAAAUCAGCAAUAUACCAGAAAUUUGGUCAACUUGGGCAGUAUUGCACAUUACAUCUUUGAUAUCCUUUAUGCAAUUUCGUCAGUGUGUUAGACACAAGUAGACUUUUCAUUGUUGGCAUGUAUGCCCUUUGUUUUUCAUUCCAUGUUUUUUUUUUUCUCAGUCAGACAUAGUAGCAAUGACUAGCAUUGGAAAAUACAUAUCACUGUGCUUGGAAUAUCUAUGGUCAGUCUCCUUUCAGUAGAUUGUUUUUGGAUAGCAUCGGUAUGUUAGAUCUUACUCCGUAUUCCUUUAUUAUGAAUUAUUUUAUUUUCAUGUUUGUUUAUGUUAUUCAUAUUUUGGUAGAGAAAAGGUGGGGCUUAAAAAAGAUGGAACUUUAUAAUAACACUAAAAUCCUCCUUAUUUUUUUGAUGACCUAAAGUUUUGAUUCCAUGUUUCUAAAUGUAUUAGAAAAAUGGCUUUUAUUUUUAAAGGCAUUUGAAUUGUUUUGUCUUAAAUUGUGAAGGAUUUUAAGUGAGCUAUUUAGGUACUUAACCUUUUUUUGAAGGACUUUCAAGAUGAUUUUGGAACUUUUCUCUCUUGGAGAAGUCUUCAUGGAUAUACCAUCUAAAGCAGUAUGCCAUUUCAAACCUGCAAUUCUUUUCAAAUAUUUGUCAAUUCUAAAUUGAGCAUUGGCUCCAACAUUGGGCCAGAACCAGUUCAUGCACACUCUUCCUUUUCUUACAUUUUUUUCUCAUCUUCACUCACCCCUAAGAAAGUACUGUUGUUUGGGAUAUAAAACCAUAAAGAGCCAGCCAGCCCACCUCAGAAGAUUGUGGAUUGAGAGAGACACUACAUGCCUCUAAGUACAUGAGAAAGGGAUGGAGCUCAUGGAGUUAACACUCUCGCUGUUGUUCAAAUGGCAACGAGUUGCCCAGUUCUCUCUACAUGUCAUAUUGAGAUGUUUUUUGUUUUGUUUUGUUUUGUUAAAUCCACUUUUAAGAUAGUAAUGUUCUGUUCUAAACUGUUCUCUUUUAGUAAAGGUAGAUUUUAGGAAACAAGCAUGGGGAUUCUUUCCUAAGGUAAUAGUGAGAAGAGGGAACCAGUGAUUAUCUUCAAGAGCUUUUUGUGGAAGCCUGUGGUAGCACAUCUUGUUUAUGAUUGCACAUGUGCACAUAAUCUGUUAUGAUUUAAUGCAAAUACAGCUCCAAAAACAUUAAAAUGUGUAUAUAUAUUUUUAAAUGCCUGGGGAAAUGUUUUUCUUAAUAAAUUGAAGAUGAUCCAUAUUGCUAUCAAAAUAAUUAUUACCCUCUUGCCACGUGGCUGCAAACAUCACAAAGUGACCUGUCAUGAGAUUCAUGUACUGCCUGCCUACUUAGUUAACAAAUAUUAACACCUUUCUAGAAAAUGGAGAUAUCUGCCAUCUGGAGGUGGAAUCAUGGAGUGAAUGUGCUGGUGGUCAGGUGUCAAUGCCGCAUGCUGCCUCUGGGCCAUAUGCCAGCCUCUUGCCCAUAGUUGAGAUGGAUUAUACUGUCUGCCUUUGGGAGGAGGAUCAUGACAAAAAAAUACCACAUGGCACCUUUGGUUAGCUGGUAGGUGAAGGCUUGCUGACUUUGCUAGACAAGGAGAGCUGAGGAACUGUACACCAUGAAUAUGAAACUAAAUGUACUAACCAAGGGUAGGUACUGUUAGGUUGACCAGGCCAUGAUUAACUAACAGUGGUUAGAAAUAGACCCAUGGAGAGCAGCAUUCUCAUAGAUUUCCCAAGGGCAAGAUGUUAGCUUCUCUGUAGAGUGCUUACUUUUGGUUGUCAGUUGCUGGUUCAUAGUGUUCUCAUGUGUUUCUGAUCACAGUGCAGCAGUUUCUAAAGCAUUUCCACUUAUUCAGAGUCGUUGGACCCUCUGGAGAAUGCUAGGGCAUAAAUAUGCCAAGGCAGGGAUGAAGAAAAUGUGAAAAUCAACAGUCAUCCACACACAGAAAUGGAUAAAGUAUGCUCACAUAAUCUCUUGAAAAGCAUGUUUCUUUUGAAAGAGAACUUAGUGUGGUUAAGGUUACACUGUCCUGCACCAGAGCAAAGCAAGAGUAACAACCAUGAAAAGAAUGUUCAGCCUUCCUCAGACCCACAAGUCCCAAAACUGGAUCCUGGUUUUACCCCAUUAUUUCUUCAAUACAAUGACUGCGAAAUAUCAUUCUUUCUUUCUGUGCCUCAGGUUCCUCAGCUGUAAAAUGGAAAAGUAUAUUAAUAAUAAUAAUAUUAAUAUUAAAAAAUAAUAAUGGUAAUGUAGUACUUGUUUGUAAAGCACUUUGAGAUCCUUGGUUGGAGGGCACCAUAGAGGUGUCAAGUAUUAUUAUGUGGCCAAGGGGGUUAUUUAAAACUCUGGUUCCCGAGGGCCAAGAAAGUUUGGCAUCAUUCUUAUUAAAGAUGAGCUGUAAAUAUCUUAACUAAGCAGCCUAUAGUGUUGACUAUGAAGAGGCAAGACUAUAACAAGGCUGAUAAGACCAUAGUUUCUUAAUGGCUACCAAUAAGGCACGUGUCACAAUAACAAAUGCUGAAUUCUUUAGGGUGUAAUAUUUGACAACAUGAUUGAUCUGGGGGUGGGGGGUGGGGACGGAAAACAUCUCAAAAUGCCAAUGUAAAACUAACAGCAAUAUUCACCAGCAGAAAAUGUCUUUCAUAUGGAAUGAUUUCAUGUUGAUAAGAAAAAGCAUUCAAUUUGUAGUCCUGAUUUGAAGAUCAGACUGUGGGGUAUAAUAGUUCUGUUCUUACAACACGUGGAAUUUUUUUUUCAUUUUAUUUUAUUUUGUUUUCAUAGUGCAUGUUCAUUUCUACUCACAACAUGUUCUUGGUGUAUUUCUUAUGCAAACAAUCUUCAGGCAGCAAAGAUGUCUGUUACAUCUAAACUUGAAUAAUAAAGUUUUACCACCAGUUAUCCAUGA